AAAGUGAUAGCCUCAGAAACACAUGCUGUUUUAAUAAAAGUAUGGUAUGAAAAUAUACAGGAUUUAGGCCCCAACACCCAUCCCCCUCAACGACACCAAAUAAGUAGUGCAGGAACUAGAUCUUUGGCAGAUCAUGUCAUUUUUUAAUUUUAACCUUUAACCUGUUAGAUUUUUUUCUCCAUUUCUCCCAAAAUGAUGAUUUUGUGAUAAAGUGACUUUAAGAACUUUGAAAGAUUCCUCUGUUCUGCUGUGCAGUUAUGUGAAACUCUUCAUGCCCAAGUUCUCCAUCUCUGCCUCCUUUUCACUUGCGGACACUCUGAUGGAAAUGGGAAUAGUCAGUGCGUUCUCAAGCAGUGCAGACUUCUCCGGGAUCAAUGAAGAGACCAACCUGAAGGUUUCCAAGGUCGUCCAUCAGGCCGUCCUCAAAGUUGAUGAGAAGGGCACUGAAGCAGCUGCUGCCACGUCUGAGGAGCUGAUACCCUUGUCUAGAACACCCAUCAUAAAUCUCAACAGACCCUUCCUGGUCUUCAUUGUGGAUCACAACACCAAGAGCAUCCUCUUCAUGGGCAAGAUAACCAAUCCCACCGCAUAGAGGCAGCCAACUCCCACCCACACCAGCAGACCUGGAUGUUUGUUGAACUACCUUUAUUUCAACAAAGAGCAUAUUACUGAAUAUUAUUACCAUAUUAUUUAACAUAUUUGAUGCUUUAUAUGAAGAUAACAGCAGCCAAAGGGCUGGGUUAGAUGCUUGGAGUGCACAUAUAAAAUGGGUAACAUGGGGGAAGAAGCCUCCCAGGAUAAGAUGUCCCACCCUCACCACAUAGUGAAUAGUAUGACAUUCUUGGGAUUUAUUUUUGUGGUAAUAUUUAGGUACAGUUCAUCUAUUUUUUUUUAUUGGAUGAUAAACAUACACAUUUAUUUUCUGUUAUUAAAGAAGAUGUUUAUAUAUGAUUAUGGGAGGUUGUGGAGAAAGUGGGAAAAAUUGUCAUACAUUAUUUAUGCCUAAAUAAUGCCUUAUGUUAGGUCUUUAUACAUCAUUGCUGUCAAUAUAAAACCUUGUAAAUCCAUUUUUGUCUUUUUCAAUGAAUUUAAAAUGC